AUGUAUUCUGUAGGUAAAGGAAUAUCAUCAUUGAUUGUUGUUCAAGUGUUGACUAAAUUAUUCACAUUUAUAUUAAAUCAGUUAUUAAUUAAAUUCAUUACUCCAGAAAUUAUUGGUAUUUCUUCAUAUUUAGAGUUUAUAUAUAAUAGUAUACUAUUCUUUAGUAGAGAAUCAGUAAGAUUGUCAGUACAAAGGAUCAAGAAUGAUAAAAGAGUGUUUCAAAAAGUGGUUAAUUUUGGAUUUAUUCCUUUGUUGAUUAGUAUUCCAAUUAUUGGUAUAAUUACAAUACAAUCAAUGUAUUCUAAUAAUAUACAAAAUUUAAUAACUUUACCAUAUUGGAAAGUGAUAAUUAGUACUUAUUUAGUUUCGGUUUAUUUGGAGUUAGUUAUUGAACCUAUUUAUUGUUUAUAUCAAUAUCAAUUGGAUUUUGCAAAAAGACUGAAAUUUGAAAGUAUAGCUACUUUUAUGAAAUGUAUAACUACAUUUGCUUCAAUUAUAGUAUUUUCUAGAUAUGCCUUGAGUGAAAUCAGAACCAGUGUAUUUAUUUUGUCAUUUGGAAUUGGUCAAUUAUUGUACUCAAUUACUUUAUUCAUAUUAUAUUCUUAUUCAUUCUUAUCAUUUAAACAAGUAGAAUAUAGAUUAGUCAAAUUGAAGGAAGAAAAACAAGUGUAUUAUUUCCAAGGUGAUAUAUUGAGUAUAUUUAAAUCAUUUUUUAUUCAAAUGAUUUUUAAACAAUUUUUAACGGAAGGUGAUAAAUUAUUGAUAUCAUAUCUUUGUACUGUGAAGGAACAAGGCAUAUAUACAAUCAUAUCGAAUUAUGGAUCAAUAUUGGCAAGGUUAUUAUUUCAACCAUUGGAAGAAAGUACAAGAUUAUUGUUUACUAAAAUAUCAAAUCAUAAAGAAUCCCUAUCAUACCUCAAACUAAUAUGCUUGUUCUACUUUAACUUAUCCAUUCUAAUAUUAUUUGCAGGUUAUACUAAUGGGGCUUAUCUCCUCAAGAUUGUCCUUUCGAAUAGGUAUAAUGAGAUCUUUGAUCUUUUUUCAAAUUAUGUCAUAUAUAUUCCUUUUUUGGCAUUUAAUGGGAUACUUGAGAGUUUGUAUUCAAGUAUAAUGAGUCAAGUUCAAAUGAAACAAUAUUCAAAAUUCAUGACUAUGGAAUCUAUAAUAAUAUUGAUUAUUUCUGGAUUGUUGAUAGGCAGACUUGAGUUGAGGAUAAAUGGAUUAAUAAUUUCAAAUAUUUUGAACAUGUCAAUGCGUAUAAUAUACUGUGGAGUGAAUAUUAGAAAAUAUUAUAGAAUUAAUGGAUUUGAGAUUGAUGCUUUAACAAUUGUAAAGUAUGUGAUUCCUUCAGUUUUGGUUAGUUUGAUUUAUUGGAUUGUUCAAUAUGCUUUAAUUGGAGUCAAGACUAAUAGUUUAAAUGAGUUUGUUUGGAGUUUUUGUAUUUGUGUUUUGUUAUUGGGUCAAUUAAUGUACUUGGAAAGAAAGACAAUAUUACAAUAUAUAAAAAGAUAA